UCUGAUCUGCCCACUGUCUGACCACCCGAAGGUAAUGGAGCAUGGGCCACGAUGCAGCCACCUCGAUUCUCUGCAACCAAGUUGCUCAGUAGGAAAUUGAAGCCCUCAACUUGAUGGAUGGGGUUUCAUCUGGUUUUUGUGCCUAGGAUGAGCACCAAUUUCUGUCACAGAAGAAUCGUGUCCUGAUUGUUUAACCCCGUCAUGAAAUAGUUCAGUUGCUUCUUUGUCAUUUGUAGGCGGGCCUUCAUAAAAGUAUGUGCGUGUAGUCCUUCAGCCCUAAAUGAAAAACACAAUGUAGUCCUUCCUCUUGAAUAUUUGUGAAAUUAUGCAUUUAUCGCUUGUACACAUAAUUGUUUUAAUUGUAAGCUGUGUGAACGAAAUGCAAAAUUUCCAUGUGUGCCCUUUCUUUUGUCUGUUUCAAAAUCUGUAUGUGUUGGGAAAUUCUGCGUGUUGUUGUCUGUGUUUACGCAAAAUUUUAAGGUUAACAGCCACAUGUUGCAGCCGUUUGUUUGUGUUGUUGUAAAUAUUGAUUGCAAUACUUUGCAGGAGUUGUCGUCAUUGCAUCUGAUGGAUAUUGGUCACCUCGCACCAACAAUGGGAAGGAAAAGAUUGAAGACAAUUGCCGAACAACAUAUCCAAAUGUCUGACACUAUCGCUGGCUCUUGUCGAAAGCGGCCAGUUGCACCAUUCAUUUGUUACAGCCAGCAACAAUUCAAGGAAAUGCAAGGGCCAGACAACACUCGACGAAAAAUGGACUCGUUGACGAUGUUGGACAGCGAAGGGUUGUUAUCGGCGGAGGAACAAAAACUUCUUCACUAUGUAUUUGACGAUAGCAAAAAUGAAAUGUAUUGUUUCAUUUACUACUUGCAAAUUUUAAAUGACAGUCCACUAUGA